UUAAAGCGCGCGCCGACAUGAGGGCUGUCAGUGAGAAGUACAGAUAGCUCUGCGUGUGCAGCCUCCAUCUUCACUGACAGCGCCUUGUAAAUUGAUCCGGCGGCAUGUACAGGUACCUGGGCGAGUUGCUCUCUCGCGGAGCUAUAGCUUCAAGCUGUGCCGACUCGGUGCUGCCGUCCUCCGCCGCGCUCUUGCGCGUACGCAAUUACAGCGAAGCUGUGGGAGCUUCCAAGGGUGAUGAUGACCCCAACUUCUUCAAGAUGGUGGAGGGUUUUUUCGAUCGCGGAGCUAGUAUCGUGGAGGAUAAGCUGGUGGAAGACUUGAAGACCAGAGAAUCCGAGGAACAGAAGAGGCACCGGGUUCGAGGGAUCCUUAAGAUAAUCAAACCGUGCAACCAUGUCCUGAGUGUCUCAUUCCCCAUCAAGAGAGACAACGGCGAAUGGGAAGUGAUCGAGGGGUACCGGGCCCAGCACAGCCAGCACCGCACCCCGUGUAAAGGAGGUAUUCGCUACAGUACAGAUGUAUGUGUUGAUGAGGUAAAAGCUUUGGCCUCCCUAAUGACCUACAAAUGUGCAGUUGUUGAUGUUCCAUUUGGAGGGGCCAAAGCAGGAGUGAAGAUUAACACAAGAAAUUACUCUGAUAGCGAAUUAGAAAAAAUAACAAGACGAUUCACUAUUGAGUUGGCAAAGAAGGGUUUCAUUGGCCCAGGUAUUGAUGUCCCUGCCCCUGAUAUGAGCACUGGAGAAAGAGAGAUGUCCUGGAUUGCUGACACUUAUGCAAAUACGAUGGGUCACAAUGAUAUAAAUGCUCAUGCUUGUGUGACUGGGAAACCAAUUAGCCAAGGAGGCAUCCAUGGCAGAAUCUCUGCAACUGGUAGAGGAGUAUUUCAUGGUAUUGAGAACUUCAUCAAUGAAGCUUCAUACAUGAGUGUAUUAGGCAUGACUCCUGGGUUUGGGGAUAAGACCUUUGUUAUUCAGGGAUUUGGUAAUGUAGGCCUGCACUCCAUGCGUUAUCUACACCGCUAUGGUGCCAAGUGCAUUGGUGUUGGAGAAGUAGAUGGUGCAAUUUGGAACCCUAAUGGUAUUGACCCUAAGGAGCUUGAGGAUUAUAAAUUGCAACAUGGCACCAUUGUAGGAUUUCCCAAAGCAACACCUUAUGAAGACAAUAUCCUUGAAGCGGACUGUGACAUCCUCAUCCCUGCAGCCAGUGAAAAGCAGUUGACAAAGACCAAUGCACACCGGAUUAAAGCAAAGAUCAUUGCCGAAGGUGCAAAUGGUCCAACAACUCCUGAAGCAGACAAGAUUUUCCUUGAAAGAAAUAUUAUGGUCAUUCCGGAUCUUUAUCUCAACGCCGGAGGUGUGACAGUGUCUUACUUUGAGUGGCUGAAGAAUCUCAACCAUGUGAGCUAUGGCCGACUGACAUUCAAAUAUGAGCGAGAUUCCAACUACCACCUGCUCAUGUCGGUGCAGGAGAGCCUGGAGAGGAAGUUUGGGAAGCAUGGGGGGACCAUCCCAGUUGUGCCCACAGCAGAGUUCCAGGCUAGGAUAGCUGGUGCCUCAGAGAAGGAUAUCGUUCACUCAGGCCUUGCAUAUACUAUGGAGCGUUCUGCCAGGCAAAUCAUGCGCACAGCCAUGAAGUACAACCUGGGCUUGGACCUCCGGACAGCUGCCUACGUCAAUGCCAUUGAGAAGGUGUUUAAGGUGUACAAUGAGGCUGGUCUGACUUUCACAUAAGGUGCCUCUCGAGCCGUGUGGCCAGGACACCCGCUCCCUCACUAACUGCCUCCUGCCUAGCCCUGUUCAGCUUUUCCAAUAUAUCGUACUUCAUUUUACAGCCUACACCAGUGUGUACAUAACCUGCCAAGAACUCUUUUGUGCUCCAGUGACUUUAGAUUGCCUUGUCACCUAAACCUGAAUUCUUCAUCUCAAUUAUUAACCUGCUGCCGGACAGCCAUUUCUCUCCAGCUGCAGUCCUUUUCCAUAAUCUUGCUGCAUCUCCACGGUCGCUGAUAAUGAGUUUUGGCUACCUUCUUCUUAUGCCAAAGUGUUUUUGUAGGCAUUGCUGAGAGGGGAAGGGAGGUUUGUCUCCACUGCCAAAGCAGUUUUGCCAGAGGGAAUGGGUGUUGCACAUUUGAAGAAAACUAAGGCACAUCUGUAAACCACUGCUUCCUUAAAAGUUUCCACAGGGCAGAGACGCCUGUAAUUAAGACAUGCAAAAGUCCCGAAGGAAAUUUGACACUGAACUGAAAUUUUUUGUUUGCUUUUAUUUUUCUGUUUUAUGAUUUUAUAAAGGAGGGAAAAAGCGUACAUGGGAAGAAAUGGUUCUUAUCCCUUUAAUGGUCUGUGCGGAGGAUAGGUUAGUUCAUCGUUUGAGGUUGGCCUGGCUGGAUAUGGCCAUGUUCCAGAAUUAUAAUUAAUGAUUGAAGCAAUUAGGUUUUAUGUAUGCCAUGCUCUUAUUGUUCACUUCAGAUUUGUUUUUAAAGUGUUGGUUUCAUAUAUGUUGUUUGUACCAUGCAAGUGUGAGGAAAGAUCACCCUUGGUGCCAAUUCCUUGGGUUUAUGGGGUUUCCUGAUGCAGUCCCCAACAUAUAAAAAAGAAAGCACUUGACUUUAUUUUUUAUAUAUAUUUUUUAUAAUGAUUUGUCAAGUUUUCCAAGGAACAAGUAUGCAAGCUGUAUCCACCAAAAGCAGAAUUUGGAAGUGUUCUGACCUUAUUCUCUACUGAUCAGUUAAACUGCAUGACUCAGCCACUGCGAGAAUUAAUAGUCCAUGUUUUAGUGUAGAGAGGAAAAGCGAAUGCGAGCAACACACAGAUGUAACAUGGGAAAACUCAUUUUGGAAGAACAUUUGGUCACUGGUGUUCUUGACUCCGAGGUGCUUAUAGAUGAUUGCCUAGUUUGUAAUGCCUUUUAUCAAAAUAAAUAAAAACAGAAAUACCUCUUGUU